AAGUGCACCACCAUGAGCGACAUCGCCAGACCUCUUGACAAGACUCGCGACCGCAUCGCCAGCAUGAGCGCCGAUGAGCUGAAGCGCGAGCGUGUUGAUAGUGUCAGCUCUCUUAAGGCCGUUGACCACCCCAAAGGGCUCAAACCCAUCAAGGCCUUCGAUCAGAAGAAGUACCUUGGCGAUCUCGAGUCUGGCCACAUCACCCUCCGCCAGAUUCAAGUCGCCGCAAACUUGAUCAAGCUACCUGAGGAGCGCGUCGCGGACUACAACCGUGUCAAUGGCAAAAAAUACGGUCCUGGCAAAUGCACCUACGACGCCUUCCCUCUUUCCCCCAAGCGCAAGCGCGAUGCUGUCUCCGACAACAUCGAAGACGCUCUGAAGAAGGUCAAGAGAGUUGGAGGCCGAGGAGGUCACUUGAACAUCCUCUUUAUACACCGCCAUAUGGGAUGCACGUCCGCGAACAGAAGAUGA